CAUAACUUCCCAUAUUCCAUGAUCAAACACAAACUCAUUACUACAAACAUUAUUACACUCUCUCUAUUAUGGCUUCCUCCACUAUGGCUCUAUCUUCACCUUCUCUCGCCGGGAAGGCAUUAAAGCUCGGCCCAACCGCCUCAGAAAUCCUCGGCGAGGGAAGGAUCACAAUGAGAAAGACAGCCGGAAAGCCCAAGACAGUAUCAUCAAGCAGUAGUCCAUGGUACGGUCCAGACCGAGUUAAGUACCUAGGCCCGUUCUCGGGCGAGGCACCAUCUUACCUUACUGGUGAAUUUCCUGGUGAUUAUGGUUGGGAUACUGCUGGUCUUUCAGCUGACCCUGAAACCUUUGCUAAGAACCGUGAGCUUGAAGUAAUCCACUGUAGAUGGGCCAUGUUGGGUGCAUUGGGCUGUGUUUUUCCCGAGCUAUUGGCCCGAAAUGGGGUUAAGUUUGGUGAGGCCGUUUGGUUCAAGGCUGGUUCACAAAUAUUUAGUGAAGGUGGGCUGGAUUAUUUGGGUAACCCAAGUUUGAUUCAUGCCCAAAGUAUUCUUGCUAUUUGGGCCUGCCAGGUAAUCUUGAUGGGUGCUGUUGAAGGGUACCGGGUCGCGGGUGGCCCACUUGGUGAAGUGGUUGACCCGCUUUACCCGGGUGGUAGCUUUGAUCCGUUGGGGUUGGCGGAUGACCCGGAAGCCUUCGCCGAGUUGAAGAUUAAGGAGAUUAAGAACGGUAGGUUGGCUAUGUUUUCUAUGUUUGGGUUCUUUGUACAAGCUAUUGUUACCGGUAAGGGUCCGUUGGAGAGCCUAGCUGACCAUCUCGCCGACCCGGUUAAUAACAAUGCUUGGUCUUGUGCUACAAACUUUGUUCCUGGUAAAUGAAGUGGUUGUUACUUGUUAGGAGUUUAGGGAUGAUAAAAACGGUAGUGUUUGUAUGAGUUUUGAACUUCUUGUGCUUCAAUGUAAAUUGUGUUUAUUGAUUCAGAUUAAUUAAUGAAUGAAUAUAUUUAAUAAUUAUUAUGUGACAA